GGCUGCAGGAACGCGGCGGGUUCUAGGACCGGGCGCGAGGCGCGGUACAAUAGAGGUGUUGUGUCGUGGUGGUGGACAGAUUGCAGCCCUGGAGAGUCCCAGUGUGGUGGCACACCAGCUAAAUCUGAAGCAUAUCCCAACCGGCGCCAUUGAUUUUACGUGUAUGUCGGAAGUCGAACCGGGGUUAAUAUGUGGUUGGAGUGAAGCGUGGACCGGAGCAACUGAGUUGUGAGUAAGGACUCAUCACGAUUGACUAGCAUGGUUUUUAAUUUAAAAUUUAUGGAUGUUACAGGAUGAAACGUCUCAGGUCUUCAAGCAGCAGCGACAGUUCUGACAAUGAGAGUCCUUCAACCUCUUUCUGCUCGUCCAACAAAUAUGGGAAUAAAUCUGAAACCCCCAUCUCCAUGCAGAAGAAACCGGCUGAAGUGUUCAGAAAAGACCUGAUCAGUGCUAUGAAACUGCCCGACUCCCACCAUGUGUCCCCAGAGGACUAUUAUCUUCUGGCAGACACCUGGAAACAGGAGUGGGAGAAGGGGGUUCAGGUGCUAGUGAGUCCAGACACCAUCCCAGAGCCGUCAGUCAGAAUUAUUACAGAUAAGCCGAAGGAAGUGCUUUACACCCACCCCAUCCAGUGUUUGACCCAGGACUCAACAGAACCAAAUUAUAUAAACAUCAAAGAGCUGGCAGAGGCCAUGGGUCGCUAUGAUCUGGAUGAUAUGGACCUCCACUGGCUGCAAGCUCUCAACAGAGAGCUGGGCUGCAUGGGAGAGCGGCCCAUAGAUGAACUGACAAUGGAGCGAGCAAUAGAGGCCCUGGAGAGACAGUGCCACGAAAAUAUGAACCAUGCCAUUGAGACAGUGGAGGGUUUGGGGAUUGAAUAUGACGAGGAUGUCAUCUGUGACGUGUGCCGCUCCCCUGACAGCGAAGAAGGCAAUGACAUGGUGUUUUGUGACAAGUGCAACAUCUGUGUGCACCAGGCCUGCUACGGCAUAGUUAAAGUGCCUGUCGGAAACUGGCUGUGCCGGACAUGUGUACUGGGGAUCGAUCCACAGUGCCUUCUGUGUCCCCAGAAGGGGGGUGCAAUGAAGGCUACACGUGCAGGCACCAAGUGGGCUCAUGUCAGCUGUGCCCUGUGGAUCCCAGAGGUGAGCAUCGCUUGUCCCGAGAGGAUGGAGCCCAUCACCAAGGUCUCUCACAUCCCACCCAGCCGCUGGUCACUCAUCUGCAGCCUGUGCAAACUGAAGACCGGUGCAUGUAUCCAGUGCUCUGUGAAGAACUGCACCACUCCUUUCCAUGUGACAUGCGCUUUUGAGCACAGCCUGGAAAUGAAGACCAUCCUGGAUGAAGGGGAUGAAGUCAAGUUCAAGUCUUUUUGCCUCAAGCACAGCAAAUUUAAAGUUGGGGACACGGGCGUGAGCCCAGCUCGCUCCAAACCCUCCACCGAGGCGGGGAAGGUGGGCCAGCGGGCUCAGAGGCUGCAGCAGCUGGAGGAGGACUUCUACUCACUCAUUCAGCUGGAGGAGCUGGCCCCGCUCCUCGGCCUCUCCGAGUGCCUGGCCGAUUUCAUCUAUCAGUACUGGAAGCUCAAGAGGAAAAGUAAUUUUAACAAACCUCUGCUGCCACCUAAGGAGGAGGAGGGGAACCUGGUGCUGCAGCCUCAGGAGGACAGCAUCCAUACACGCAUGCGGAUGUUCAUGCACCUGCGACAAGAUCUGGAAAGGGUGAGGAAUCUGUGCUACAUGGUGAGUCGACGAGAAAAGCUGAAGCUGCUGCAGAGUAAAGCCCAGGAGCAAAUGUUCAACUUGCAUGUGAAGCUCAUGAACCAGGAGAUAUCUGCUGGGCUCCCUGCUUCGUCACCACUGGAGAGCAUGCUGUUUCGCGCUCCUCCGAGGAUCACCCUCAAGCUGAAAAUGCCCAAAACCUCAGCUCUUGGUAAUGGCAGUCUCAGCUCCAAAUCUGGUAACGGGCCACUGUGCCCAGACAAUAGUGGGAAUGUUGCUGAACCUGCUAGCGAGGGGCUGGGGCAGGGGAAGCCUCAGCUGCACGGACAUGGUCGGCGAGAGGAGCGCCCCAACGGCCGACUGUCUUCCUCCAGCCGCCUGAACAAUCCAUCUUUACCUGUCAAAUCAACUGGCAAGCCUUUAGCCCUGCAUGCAGCGCUCCAUGGCCACUCCUCCAAGAACAAAGGCAAACUGGACCAAGACAGAGUGUGCAUACCCAAAUCUAACGGCCUCCUGGAGAAGUUUGUGGCUCCAAAAGACGAUUCUGUCCAGACGCCCAGUGGCCAGGAUGCUUCCAGCGAGACUUUGAAUAGGAGCAGCUUCCGUAAGGCUGCCAUGGAGCACUUUGGCAGGUCUUUCAAAGAGGCGACCAUAAACUUGGUACGAACUACCGAAGACCUGCGAAUUUCUGACAAACUGUCCCGUAAAGGCUCAUCCAAGGAGCGACUCUGGGCUAAACCUGUGUCGGAACACAAAGUGAAAGGCAUGCGAUCGUACCAGGACAGUGACGGAUACUGUCCCGACCUGGAGCUCAGUGACUCUGAGCCAGAGGCCAAAGGAAGGUUGCCACAGCCAGAGAGUCAGAGGAAAGGGGUGAGUCGUGGGAAACAGCCUCUGGGUUCCAGACAUCCCAUGCAAAGGUGACAGCUGUUUGUUUACAUUCCCUCAUAACUCUGGCCGUCUUCCUAAGUGCCAGGCCACCUCAUUGAACACAUCUCAAUCAGGGACCGGACCAAGACUCUGUACUAACGGUGCUGUAGACAUGAAGCAGAAGAAAUAUAAAAGAUAUUUUUAAGAUUCACAAGAAACACAGCUCUGUAUCACGUGAACAAAACUGUCAGUCCUUUGAGAUUAUCAUGCCUGCUGUUCGUUAGUUGCUGGUCUUACGUUGAAUUGAACACUCAUGUUCCCAUACACACAAAUGCAGUUUGCUUUUGUUUAGAAGUAUUGGGAUGGAUUUUCAAGUAGCGAUGCAAACGACUGAGUGCUCCUUCCACUUUACUGAAUAUCUGUGUCACCAGAAAUUCAAACGCAGAGGCCAAAUAAAACCUAAUCAUCUUGGAUCAGAUAGCUACCUUUUAGCAUCACAACUGUCACUGUUGUCAAUUAUGAGGCCAGUUCAGUUCACUUCCAGUGUUUAUACACAAGGCUGUGAAAGAAAUUGAAUUGAAAUCACCACGUUCAUAAUUGAAACCUUGCGACACGUGAUCACAAAAGAAAUGGUUUUGUAGUUCGAUAUCUACUAUUUUCUUAAUUAGGUGUAAUGUUGAGCUGCCAAUGAUAACUUGGGUAAACCCAAAAUUGCCUAGUGGUGCUUCUCAUUAACACGAGCAGACCACAGAUGAAGCACAAAGCCAAACCAGCUUCUCAAAUGAAUGAGGAGAAAACGGAAUUUUAUCUGUCGCCUCAUGUGCGACACACAGGAAGAGCGGUCGGGUUCAGACCGGCGGCAGCUCCACAGGCUGGUUAACCUGGGAAUGCAAUACUAGCUGUUCCAUGAGCCAGACUGCUUACGCCAAGGUGACACAUGACACUUCUCGCACACUCUGCUGUAAUAAAGGACCAGACUUAGAAAUGAAACCAGUAGAGCCAUGCACUGAAGUGUGCUUCACUUUCAUCAUGUGCAGCACAUUGAUUGUGUAUCAUAUUUCUUUACAGUCAGGUGCAGGAUAAACAAGUACUGUGUCAACGCAUUGUGUUUGGUUAAUCUGUUCGGCUUUGUAAGUAUAUGCUGUAUGUGUCCACGCAGCCAAAAACAAACACUACUGACUGAAAUGGAUCGUAAAGCCCCAAAACUGGUGCACACUUUAAUAACAUGUUGAGCUGCAUUUGUAUUAAAACAGUACGGGAAAUGCUGUGUUGUUUGUUUAGUUUGUUUUUUUUCAAAUAAAGUUUUCAAAAUAACCGA